AUGGUAGCACACGAGGUCAAUGAGCAAUACUGUAGGUGUGUAUCAUCCUUAAGUUCGAACACCCUCUACCAGGUACAACAUGAAGCUAGCUGCUGGACCCUCAUAGUUACGUCACCACCACAGCAUCCUGUUAUAAGACACAUCAAACUUGACACAUGUACUCUAAAUGGCGCCACGGACGUGACCCAGGUCGCUAUGACGUCAUCACAGAACCAUGAAACGAACUUCGCACUAUGUACUCUAAAUGGCGCCACGAACGUGACCCAGGUCGCUAUGACGUCAUCACAGAACCUGAACCCUGAACCAAACUUUGCACUAUGUACUCUAAAUGACUCCACGGACGUGACCCAGGUCGCUAUGACGUCAUCACAGAACCCGGAACGACUCAAAACUCCCGCUAUGACGUCAUGACGUUUGACAGAUGACGUUUGACAGGUGACGUUUGACAGAUGACGUUUGACAGGUGACGGUUGACAUGAUGGCGGGAAAACAUUUCCCCCCACCCCUUUUUCUGGUACCCAU